UCUCAUUUCUCCCUCCCUCUCGUGUAGUUCUCAUUCUUUCUUUCUUCCUCCUCUCACACCAUACACACGCUCUCUUUCCGUCUCCCUCUUUCUAUCUCUCUUUCAUAGUCUCGCUCACUGUCGCGCUGCAGACAUGGUUGACGCAUUCGUAGGCACAUGGAACAUGAAGGAAAGCAUCAACUUUGAUGAAUACAUGAAGGCACUGGGCAUCGGCUUCGCCAUGCGCCAGGUGGGCGGCCGGAUCAAACCCACCACCAUCAUCAGCGUGGACGGCGACACGGUGAAGCUGGAGACCAAGAGCACCUUCAAGAACUCUGAGAUCACCUUCAAGAUCGGCGAGGAGUUCGAGGAGAACACCGCCGACGACAGGAAGUCCGCGUCCCUGGUUACGUUAGACGGAGGCAAGUUGGUGCACGUCCAGAAGUGGGACGGCAAGGAGACCAGUCUGGUCAGGGAAGUCACCGACAACACCCUCCUGCUGACACUCACAAUGGGAGACAUUGUAUCAACACGGCACUACGUCAAGGGUGAAUAAUUACCCAGCAUCCUCCAGCGUGGAAGAACCAAAGCUACAUCAACUUUAACCGAGAAAGACCCUCAACCAAGACAUAAGGAAGGGGUGAGAGGGAGUAGAAGUUGUCCUCACAAUCUCUCUCUCUCGCCGUGUACCCAGUUACAACCUCACUGUUGACAUCCGCUCCUUUUAGCCUGACAUUUCGCUUUGUUGUUUACUGCUUCUUUGUACCAUACUGAGAAUAAACCACUGUGUUCAAGUUUUUAUUAUAUUGUUCCUCAACAAAUAUCUGGCCCAGUGUCCCUCCAUCUCAUUAUUCUUUUUGUGCCAAAAGUAUUUGAACCUUUCCCGAACAAGUUCCCAGGAAUGGAAAGGUUGGAAAAAUAAAGAAAUUGAAAACUCAAAA